AGAGUUGUGAAAACAGCCAGCCCGAGAACGGGAGUUAUACAGUUGUGGAUGCCGCUUUCCCGAAGAGCAGCAACUUGGUUAGAUCUGGGAAGGAGAGAGGGUGUGUGUGAGAGCGACGCAGAAGGGAAAGUGUGUGAGAGUGUGUCAGGACCAGAGGCUCCAAAGGACGUCACGCACGCUCCCAGAGAGAGAGGGAAACGUGCUGUCACAGGAAGGUGUCUAUCCUCACGUGCUCUGGGCUGUGGAAGCAUCAACAGCCUCUGACAGAAGUGAGUAGAUGCAGUGAGACAAUGGUGUUCAUUUAGUCAGCUGAAGUGGAUAUUACUCAAAAGUGACAAAGAUAUCGAUUUCUAGUCCUAACUUACUUUCUGAGAGAGGUUGAAAUUCCUCGACAGGGAAAAGACUGUGCUCGUGCGAAGGGUUUUUGCAUCACGAUGGAUCAGCCGGCCAGCAGCUGCAUGCGGAGCGCCCAUCCCAGCAGCUCCAUCUGGGGCUGCAUGAGGAACCCUCACUCUGGGGUCCCAGGGGUGAAUCUGCAGUCGCCCUACCAGCAGGCCCCGUUCUCCCUCCACCAGAAGCCUGAGUUCCUGGCCUACACAGAUUUCUCCACCUCCUGCCUGGUGUCGAGCACGCCGCACGCAGCCUACCCUCGCGAUGACAGACUGUACCAAGAGAGCCAAGGGGGUUACCAAAGAGCUGACUGGCAGUUCAACCAAUGUGAGACUCGUGUGAGAGCACCUGAGGCCUGCCCGCCUGUUGCCCCUGCAGUAAUAGGUGGCGGCAGCAGUGGGGCUGGAGGGCCUGAGCUGGACAGUGUAGGGGGGGACAGGCUUCCAGGCACCAUGCCCGGGUGUAUGGAGGGAGAAUACUCACCCCAGAGCGUGGCGUCGGCCGAUUCGGACAAGAAGAGCUCCAAUAAGAGGAAAAGAGAUGUCACAGAUAUCCAGGAGUCCAGCUUUAAGGUGGAUUCCAGCUGCAAGGCAAGAAAAGAGCGCACAGCAUUCACCAAGGAGCAGCUGAGAGAACUGGAGGCAGAGUUCACCCACCAUAACUACCUGACCAGGCUGCGUCGCUACGAGAUCGCUGUAAACCUGGACCUCACAGAGAGACAGGUUAAAGUUUGGUUCCAGAAUCGGCGAAUGAAGUGGAAGAGAGUGAAGGGAGGACAAUCGGCUUCGCCCAACGAGCUGGAAAAUGACGACAUAGACUCAGCUGCUUCACCCAGCUCUGAAUGAUGUUUUUAAAAAAUUGUCUUCGGACAAAAAAGAAGAAGAAAAAAAAUAACGAGGCCUGCGCUCAACUGGACACCAACGCAACCUUUGAUUUUAUGGAAAGUUGGCUCCAGGAACCAAAUAAUUCCAGAGACUUUUUCAUUCCCAAGAAGAAAACACCAAGCAUCCGUCACUGUUUUCUGUUGUAAAUAGUUGAUUUAUGUCCAUAAUGAACUGUAUUUUCAUACAACUUUGAUAAAUACUCCAUUUAAGAGGCCCACUCUUGAUACUCCUGAUCGUUGUAUAUUAGUGACAAAGUCCAUACAGCAGCUUUAAGGCUAGUGAUGACAUAUCAGGCCAUGAUGUGAUUGUGUUUGAGGUCCUCCCCUUUGCUUCCAGUAUUGUAAUCAUGGCCUUUGACGCUUGACUACAACCACCUGGGAAAACUCAGACUGCACGAGUGUUGCCAAGGCCUAAGUGCCUCCGAAUCAGAUUUUUCUUUUUUUUCAUUUUGAGAGUUUCUUUUUCCUAGAAUAUAGUUUUUUGGGUUUUUUUCUUUUCAGUAAGGCAUUUUUACUAUGUUUUAUACCAUUUGAAUGUUGUUGAUAAAACACAGAUGUUGACUGUUUCUGCAAAUAAAAUAAAUCAUCUGUUGCAAA